AUGAGCAGUAACAACCCGUAUGCCGUCAACGGCUAUGGCACUCCCUCGAAUGAGUCCUCUUCAAACCCCUACGGCACUAAUCCAUACGGAGGGACGAACCCCUACGCUGCGCAGAACAACAAUUCAUCAUCAGCCCUAAAUGGCUAUGGCUCAAGGGGAGAUCGCAGCAGGCCAGGUCCUGGUAAUGCGCCGUCCUCAAAUACCAAUCCAUAUGGUCGAGCACCACCUCCUCGACGCGACUCAGAACGCGAUCAGUCGCCUGCAGCCCAUGGUUCGAACAACAUAUACGAAACUCCAUCGCAAAGACCUCGCUCGCCAGGCGUAGGCUAUGCCCAGGCAGGUCCUCCUCCGACGCGAGGAGGUGGUGGUGGUUAUGGGGGACUCGGUACUGUACAACAAGGGCCAGACUAUGGCAGGCAACCGUCAACGAUGGAUUCAAGACCAAGGUCACCACCUGUAGAUAUCUACGACAGAGCUAGACCACCUUCUAGUGCUCGUGGUCCAGAUGAGAGAGCAGUCUCAGAUACAAGAGACAUGCCACCUCCGCACACGGAACGAGAAAGACCAUUCAUGCCCACAAAGCCCUCCACUUCAACCCUUCAGUCAACCGGACGUCCUAAUAAUACCACUCACAAUGCGACUAGGCAAUACUCGACACGUGGAUCUAAUAAGAGCAUGGACGAGAUUCUCAGACAUAUCCAGACACAUUGGAACAUGAUGGAAGGCGAUGAGUGUGUACCCGUCAAGGUUGCGUUGCAAUUGGCCGACCCCUCCUCUCUCGGUCUUGGGAACCAGGAACAAGAUUUUGCCGAUACACAUGUUGAUCUACAGAAAAGUUUGAAAGGUGUAGUGAAUGAGCACUAUGCCGACUUCAACAGCGCAGUUGGUACAUAUCACAAAAUACAGGCCAGCAUAAAAGAAUCCCAAAACAGAGUACGCUAUCUGAAGACUGGUCUCGCAACCGUCAAGGGUGGCAUGUUGACUACCAGACCAGAGUUGAGAGACCUUGCCGAGCAAAGCGGUCAAUUGGACGACUUGCUGUCGACAAUCAAUCAGAUGGAACAGCUUCGAGAAUUGCCUGCAAGACUCGAGGAGAAGAUCAAUGAGAAGAGAUGGAUUGGUGCAGUUGACAUCUUAGGUGAUGCUCUAAUUAGCAGUAGGAAGAGUGGUCUUGAUGAUAUCGGUGCGAUGAGUGAUUUAAAGGGUUAUUUCGCCAGUCAAGAAAGCAGUUUGGUUGAUAUGCUGAUUGAGGAAUUACACGACCAUCUCUAUUUGAAAAGUCCUUACUGCUCAGAACGUUGGAAAGGACGAAAAGUCGGCAAUGUCGAAGUCAACCCCAGAGACUCCUUUGGUGGAAAUGCUUGGGACCGUCCAGUCUACCAUUUCCUCUCUGCUCUUGACACAAAAACCCCUAUGACCGAGGAUGCUAGCAAGAACCCAGAGUCAGACACAUUUUAUUACAUACAGAUGAUUGUCGAAGCCCUCAAUCGCCGUGGAUAUCUGGAAGAACUAGUGACCCGGAUAGAGCAAAGACUACCGGUGGAGUUGUACAAAGUCGUGGAAAGAACAAAUAUCGAGAUUGACGCGAAAUAUCCAGCCCAUCUAAGGACGAUUGACGGCAGACCAAGAACAAGCCCUGUCAUUUUGCGACCGAGUCAAACUGACUCCAAAGUGCUUGCAGAUUUCUUGUGGACCUUGUACGCGAAGUUUGAGGCUAUUGCAGAAGGUCAUAGAGUUCUCCAUGAAGUUGUGCUAGGAAUCGUCAGCCGCGAGCAACUGGCCAAGCCAGAACAAUACGGUGCAAGCUUCAAAGAGUUGUGGAAGCUGUAUCAGGCGGAAAUCCGCUCUCUGCUGCAUGACUAUCUAGCCACGGACGGUGAGUUCGGCGCGUCUGGUACCAAGCACACUAUGGCGGCUGGAGACGUCUUCUCGAAACAGCCACGAGACAGAAACAAGCGGAUGUUCAAAUUGUCAGAAAUGGACCAGAGAGCUUCCGACAUCAAAACCGAGGAAGACGAACUGGAUGAAAUUCUCAAGUCUUCUGUGCCCGGUUUGGUCACAAAGUCUAAGAACAGCAACGUGAACGGCCUUCUAGCAGAUAGAGGAAACAACGACAGUACAGCAACUGGGCAUAAGCUACUAAUCGAGCCGAGCGUCUUCAAUAUGACCAUCCUCCUGUCACCUUCCUUAACCUUCUUACAGCAUCUCAAAGAUAUCGUUCCACAAACUUCAAACAUUCCAAUGAGUACUUUAACCUCUUUCUUGGACGACUUCUUGAUCAACGUCUUUCACCCUCAGCUCGAAGAGGCGGUCACUGAUCUGUGUACAGCGAACAUGCUCGACUUUGAGGCAUUCAUGGAAGAUCCAUCGUGGAGCAAACAUUCGCCACAUCCCAUCUUCAAGGGGACAGUCGGCUUUAUGGCACUGGUGCAUGCCUUUUCGGCCAUGCUCAGCGAGAUACCACAAGAUCAGAUGUUCACACAGUUGAUCAUCACGCAACUUUUCAAAUAUUAUGAUAGAUGCUUCGGCUUCUACAAGAACAUUGUGAGUCGUGUCUCUCAGGGCAAUCAAGCUGGUGGUGCUCAUACCACAAUCCUCAAAGCAGCAGCAGAAUAUGCUGAGGAGGGCGAUAUCAGAGAGACUACGCUCUCACUGUGGAACAACAAGGACAUGGAAAAGGCUGCUAAAUCAGAUCUCAUGAAGAAGGAAGUCCAACUUCUUCUUGCAGCCUCAAAAGCAAAACCCGUCCAAUCCUACGACAUUAUUUCAGAUCGAAAGUCAGUACAUCAACUCUCCCUGGUCUACAACAGCAUGCAGUGGCUUUCAGCCUCUCUGUCACGCAUUCGUCAUACUGAGGCAGGUAAAGGGAAGGCGCAUGCACGCAACACAUCUUUGACAGCCCAGCAUAAUCAACGCAGAUGGACCUUAAUCACUAAGGUAAAUACCGGCAGCUCAACGACAGCGCCGUCCUCAGGUACAUUGCCUGUAUAUAUGCCACUUACAUCAGAAACAGUCGUACCAUUUGACGAGACACUCACGUCCUACAAGAGCCUAGCGAUCAAAGCCCUACUCACACUACACCUCGACAUUCGCUGUGGUAUCGUUCAUCAACUUGCUCGCAGCCUUCGACCAGCGAGCACGAACACCCAGUUGAUCUCGGAUGUCAGCAGUCCUUCGUCUGGAACACCACAGCCAGGGACACGUGACUCUACACCGCCUCCACUCGACAGCGGUCUAUAUCAUUUCGUCCUCCCUGAUCCGCCAUCGUCCGCUUCUCCUCUUAUUCUAGAACUCAACAACGAUCUCAUAGACUUUGAGGCUAGCAUAUCCUGUUAUCUCGGCCACCGCGAGCGCCGCUUCAUUCUUGCAGGUCUUGGUCGUCUCGUCGAUCGCUACCUCGUGGUAGGCGCAGACUUCAUCGGCGUCAUGAACAAGUACGGUGCAGAACGAAUGCGCGUCGACGGCAUGGUAGUGCAACAAGUCUUACGUGGCCUGGGAGUAUCCACCAAGUCCUCCACAGGAACCGAAGGUGAGAUCGGUGCUGUUGGUCUGGGUGUACACGAAUCCGUCAAUGGCGACGCUCCCGACGCCGACGCAGACGACGCACUUCUCACAUCCAGCUCUCAGUAUUACGAGCUAUUCCUCCAAGGACCAGAACAAAUCAUGGCUUAUGUGAGGGAACAUAAACCGAAGAACGACGUAGCGUAUAGCUAUGAUGAGUUGAGGACAUUGAUCGAAUUAUGCUUUAGUGCAAGCUUAAGAGGUGAGGAUAGAGAAGAGAGCCUCAAGGCGAGGAAACAAAUGGGUGAUUUGCUGUUACAAUUGGGAGAGAUUAUGUGGGAUUCUUGA